CCGGGCUCCUGCCAAGACCUCUCUCCCGCGGUGACGCACCGGCGCGAGAGCCUCCAACAACAAUUUCAUACAAACAUCGCUCGCCGUCCACGACCCUGCCCAGCCCGUGAAGCAGCCCGCGGCCUAUGCUCACAACUCUCUUACUCUCACCCUCUUAGCGCUCCGCCCUGCGUCCGCUCUCUCCGCACCACAGGCCCCGCGCAACCAUGGGCGACUACAAGCUCUCGGCCUCUCUGCGCGGCCACGAAGACGACGUUCGAAGUGUCGCGUUUCCCCACCCCAAUACCGUCGUUUCAGCGUCAAGGGACUUCACAGUGCGGUUAUGGACCCUCCAGGCUUCGAAUCCGCCGACCUAUGACAGCACAAUCAAGACGCAUGGCAAGGAAUUCGUCAAUUCGCUGACCAUCGUCCCUCCCUCCUCCGCCUAUCCUGAGGGCCUCAUCGUUUCCAGUGGGAAAGACCAGAUCAUUGAUGUGCGGCAACCAAGCAAAGCUCUCGACAACGACGCCGAUGCACUGCUUAUCGGGCACGGCUCCAAUGUCUGCGCGCUAGAUGCGAGCUCAGACGGGAAGUUGAUAAUCAGUGGCAGCUGGGACCAAGAUGCCCGAGUUUGGGAAGUGGGCAAGUGGGGGGACUCUACGGUACUGAAAGGCCACGGUGCCGCCGUGUGGGCUGUACUGGCCUACGAUCCCUCCACCAUAAUAACAGGUUGUGCCGACAAAGAAAUCCGCAUAUUCCGGCCUACAGGGGAGCUCAUCCACUCGAUACAAACCGGCGACGUCGUACGAGCAUUAUGCAGGUUACCUGCGAACCAUCCAUCCGGAGCCCACUUUGCCUCUGCGGGGAAUGACGCCGUCGUCCGCCUAUGGACCUUGAAUGGUCGCCAAGUAUACGAGCUCCAUGGCCACGAAAAUUUCAUAUAUGCGCUUGCAGCUCUCGCCGAUGGACGAAUAGUAAGCUCCGGAGAAGAUCGGACGGUGCGCAUAUGGGAGAACCAGCAAUGUAUACAGACGAUCACGCAUCCCGCAAUUUCCGUGUGGACGGUUGCGGCAUGUCCUGAGAAUGGCGACAUAGUAACAGGAGCAAGCGACAACAUAGUGCGCAUUUUCACUCGCGCGGCGGAGCGGUAUGCUGAUCCCGCGGCCAUUGAACAAUUCAACGAUGAUGUCAAGUCAUCCUCGAUACCGCAGCAGCAAGUGGGCGAUAUCAACAAAGAGAAGCUACCUGGCCCGGAGUUCCUCACACAAAAGUCCGGCACAAAGGAAGGACAGGUACAAAUGAUCCUCGAAGCCAACGGUAACAUCUCAGCAUAUCAGUGGUCCAUGGGUGCGAACGAGUGGGCCAACGUUGGGACAGUUGUCGACCAAGCUGGCAGCAGUGGGCGCAAAAUCCCUCAUAACGGCAAGGAUUAUGAUUACGUGUUCGACGUCGACAUCGAGGACGGGAAACCGCCCCUGAAACUGCCAUACAAUCUGUCGCAGAAUCCGUACGAGGUGGCGCGCAAGUUUUGCGAAGACAACAAACUGCCCCUUACCUAUCUCGACCAGGUCACGAACUUCAUCGUGCAGAAUACGCAAGGUGCAACGUUAGGUCAGUCCGCUGCACAAGGUGCUGACCCUUGGGGCACGGAGUCGCGGUAUCGUCCCGGCGAUGCAGCACCCGCCGCGCCACCGCAGCCCCCUGCACCUAAGCCUAAGAUCCUUCCCCAAAAGGAUUACCUUGACAUUCUCACCGCAAGUCACAAAGCUAUCUUCAAGAAGUUGCAAGAGUUCAACCAGGCGCUGGUAAACGAUGGAAAUAAAGGGUUGUCCCUUAAUCCGUCGGACAUCGAUCAACUAAAUUCUGCAGUCGCGUCGAUGGAAAGGGGGAACUUAAAGGACGUCGAUUUCGCUGCCAUCGAUCUAAUUGUCAAGGCCGCAACAGAAUGGCCGCCCGAGAAGCGUCUUCCCGGCCUCGAUCUCCUGCGGCUACUCUUCGCAGCUGAGGAGUCCAGUGCCUAUCUGACGACUGACCAUAACAUUCUUACACUCCUCGCGCAGUCGGGAGUCUUCGAGCCUACUUCCCCCUUGAACAACACGAUGAUGGCAGUGCGGUCAUUAAGCAACUUGUUCAAAACCGAAAUAGGGAGGGCGACGGCUAGCGAAGAGUUUGAGCAGCUGCACGGUUUCAUCUCCCCCUUCCUCACCUCGCCAAACCGUAACCUGAUCAUCGCUGUUACCACGCUUUGCAUCAAUUACUCAGUCCUCCUUACGUCGGAGAAUAACGCCGAUCGGGCACUGUCAUUGCUCGACGACCUUUCGAGGAUUCUGAAUAGUGCUACGGAUUCUGAGGCCAUAUACCGAGCGCUGGUCGCGACAGGGACACUUCUUUGCCUAGGCAACGACUUUUGCGAGGCUGGACGCGAUAUUCUGCAGCUUGGCACCGCUAUCUCGGCCGCAGAGAAGAAGGCUAAGGAGCCUCGAGUCAAAAACGUGGUGGCGGAGAUUCGAGAGAAAUUACAGGGAUGACGAGGAAGCAAUUCGCUCGAGUGGCAUAGCCUCAUGGUGUCUGGAGGGUGAUCCGCCCCAGAGGCAUGCGAGUUGCAGUAGUGGCUGCAGUGUGUAUAAGCAUAGACAUGGAUAAACUGGCAUUGGUUUUAUUAGCGAUGGUAUGCAUAACCUUCGUAGGUAGAGAUUCUCACAUCUUAGUGAGGCUGAGCAUCACAUACAAAACCCACAUGACGUCUUGCCCACCAGUCAAAAGACAUGUCACGUCAAUCCAGC